AUGGCUCCCCCAUGCUUCAGGAUCUGCUAUCCCGCCAAACAAGCCACCGCUUACCCCAGUCCUUCAGUCGGUAAGGGUCCAGAUUAUCAGAUGCCCGAUUAUCAACGGCAAACUGUCACUCUUUGGACAAAUCAACUUGUUUUCCCAACCGUACUCGGUUCGAGCAUCGCUAAACCAGAAAAUCUCUUUUCUGCCGCUGCUACCUACCGUACCCUUGAAGCCCCGAUGGCCGCAACUUCAAGCCAUGGUGGUGCCAUCGCCUACCAAAGCCUCCCGCUAUGUGUCUCGCUUUGA